CUUUCUCUUGUGCGGUCGCAUUGAUGUUAGCAGGAAUGAAGGAAAAGGAGGAAGAUUUACAGUGCUAUCUCAAUUUGCUUUGCUAAUUGGCCAACAUUUCUUGCUAAGUAAUGUGAUGGGCAAAGUGAGGGAAGAAAAGGGAGUGGCUGAGAAACUAGUAAACUAGAGCGGUGAGAGACGCAAGGCAAGGGAAAAGAUAAGGAAAAUCACACUGACAUCAGCACUGAAGACAGGUGCUUGGCGAAGCAGUACUUGGAUCUGAAUCUGGAUCAGACACUCCAGGAUAUCUCAAAUAAGAAGUUGAAGGAACAAAUAGAAGUACUGAUCAGAUUUUUGCGUUCUCAGAGCCCCUUAUAGUGGGCAUUAUGGCAAGCUACCUGUACUACCUGCUCCCAGCAGUAGGGGGCUACGCUCUCACUUCACUCUACUUUCUGAAGAACCCUCAUAUUCUGCUCAAGAAGAAACAGACAGCCUUCUACUGCACCCACAUCUCUCACAGAGGAGGUUGUGGUGAAAAGAUUGAGAACACUAUGGAGGCCUUUACACAUGCUGCUGAAGUGGGCACAGAGAUGCUGGAGUUAGACUGUCACUUGACUAAAGAUGGUCAUGUGGUUGUGUCACAUGAUGAGAACCUCCUGCGGCAGACUGGGCAAGAUGUCAACAUUUCCUCCUUAAACCUGGAGGAGUUGCCACCUUAUAAUGAGACACUCGAAGUGACCUUUAAGACAGGCCACUUCAGCACUGGGUCAGAUAGAAACUUUGCGUUAUUAGAGGAUGUCUUCCGCAAAUUUCCACACAUAGCUGUAAACAUUGAAGUGAAAGAGAAUAACAGCAUGCUGAUUGAGAGGAUUUCUGAUCUUGUGAAGGAAUACAACAGAGAGGCCACCUCAGUUUGGGCUUCUGUUGACACCACCAUCAUGAAAAAUUGUCGCAAAACAAACUCCUCCAUGCCCUACAUGUUCACUGUAAAGCGGGGUUUAAAGCUGCUUCUGCUCUACUACACCGGUCUUCUGCCUUUUGUUCCCCUCGGAGAGAGUUUCCUGCAGUUCUACUUGCCACAAAUCAUAAACAGAGAAUACAUACCUGAAAUGUGGAUUAUGAGAAGCAGACUGCUCGUCUUUUUAAUUCAAAGACUAACAUUGAGAAAAGGGAUGUUCAAGCACCUCAGAGACAGAGGAAUUCAGAUAUUCAUCUCUAUGUGUAAUAAGGAAGAGGAUAUUAAGACUGCAUUUGCUGCAGGAGCAACAGGAGUCAUGACUGAUUAUCCCACCCUGUUAUCAAACUAUAUUAGAAGACACACACAAGACACGUGAUCAAACACAAAUACACAAUGUACUUAACCCUUGUCCAGUCAAACACACACACACACUGUACAAAUGCUGUUUGCCUUUAAACAUACAGCCAAGUUUUAUAUCAAUCCCAUUAUUAGCUGAUCAGCACUGGCAUAGUGUUCACAUAAAACUUGGUUUAUGGCAUUCUUCAUGGGACAUUUCGUGAGUAUGAACACACAUAAGAUUAAAUAGAACUCAUAUAUUCUACAAGUGAACUGUUUUCUUUGCUCCGUUCAUUAUUAUCCCACCAUGUUCACAGCAUGUUUAUUGUGGUUUUCAGUAAGUCAGCGUAAGUUUAGCGCCUCCCUACCUAUGUUUGCAAACAAACAUUAUCCAACUUCUUUGAGGCCGUGCAAAGUCCAUCAGCUGUGCUCAACAGGGGAUCAGUAGACAUCAAAGACUGAAUUACACUGUCCAUUUGAAAAUCUUCUUUAGAUACAAAAAUGCAUGAUCAUUUGUGAAUGAGUGAAUCAUUUGAUGUCACACAGAACCACGGCGGCUUUGAUUAUACAGUUAAGUAUUUUAAAAUCAUCUGCGUGACUUAAUUGUCAUGCAAACAACCAGAGGACCCAAAAUCGCCACUUCUAAAGAAGCGAUAAGACGAAGAUAACCAGAACACGAGAGCUUUGUUGUUUUUGCUCGCUGAAACGUUAACGCAACUGUAAAGUUCAGGUGGCUUCAAACGCACGG